UGAUAGUUUGCUCCAUUAUAAUAAUACUACUCUCUUCUAAUCAACUAUAUUUAUAAAUUGGGCUUGCCUGCCUACAAAAUCCUCCUCCUCCUAUCUAUCAACCACCAACAGAUAGUCGCUCCAAGCGUCACUGACUCCGUCAGUGUCUCUCCUCUGUUUUUUAUCUUGGAUGAUUUAUUUCGACCGUUCGAUCUGACAGGGCAGAAUGGAAACGGACGCCAUCCAAGCGGAAAAUCAGACGGCAAUGCGGCGAUAUCACCGCCUCCGCCAGAUCGGCACACUGCUCCGCUAUCUCGAGGCCGCCGCCGCCGUCCUCCUCCUCCUCUCCUGGUCCUCCGCCCGCGUCCCCGACGCCGCUCGCCUCUCCGCCGACUUCCUCCGCCACCUCGUCGCCGUCAUUCUCAGCCCCCGAUUCGUCUUCCUCCUCGGGAACGCCAUCGUCGUUCUCCUCCUCGCCGAAUCACACCGACAUUCCCCUUCCUCCUCCACUUCCUCCUCCGCGGGUGAUAUGAUCUACCGAGAGUUCGUCGAGAGCCGCGCCGGCGGCCACCUCCCUCGCUCCCUCGCGCCGUCGUCGCCGGAAGAAGUGAUUUACGAGGACAAGGAGGUUUGCAUCGAGAUGCCGGCGCUACGGAGAAGCCGAUCUGCGAGAAUGAGACGGCGGCGGGGGGCAACGAAGGGAACCGAUUUGACGACGGAACCAGACGAGGCUGCGCAGGAGGAAGAAGACGAGGAGGAGUUCCGGCGAGCUGUGGAAGCGUUCAUCGCGAAACAAACUAGGUUUCUCCGCGAGGAGGAGGAAUGCAAGGCCGCGGUCUUCCCCACCUUAUCAUAUCCCGCAGGAACACCAGACCGUCGUGGUGCCCUUGCUUGAGGAACUAACUACUACAAAUGGAGAAAUUAAACAGAGUUCUUCUCACCUCUAUGUUGAAAUAAUUUUUUAUUUUUCAAGUUCAAAAUAUAUGCAUUGACAAUGAAAUAAAAAUUUCUGC